GGAUCUAUCUAUCCUUGUCCUGGAGGUUCCUACUUUUCCCGCAACUAUCGCUGAAGUCAACUCGGAGUCUUUGUUGAUAAAAUCAUUCGUAGUUGACAGUAGAAAGAAAUUGAUAAAAAAAAAUAGGUACAGAUAAGUGUUAAAACGUCUACUGUAAUGGUUUUUGUAAAAAGAGAUAUUGUCUCGAGCGUGAUAUUAACUUGUGGUAUUGGCAUUUGCUCGUUGAUUGGUGAUCAAGGUUUGAAUUAUGGAAAGACCCCCUGGUUACGCGCGAUCUUUGACAAUGUUACUCACGCAAUUGUUGGGGGACUUACUUGGACACUUAUUUUACAUUUGUCAAGAAAGUCUCUCGUUCAAAACUUUUCCAGUAUCUUCUGGUGCUUUUUCUUAUCAUCUUUUAUUGACGUAGACCACUUUAUCGCAGCAUGCAGUUGGAAGUUAAACGAAGUCGAUGAAUUGGUGCUGUACUUCGCUAUAGCAUGCGGGAUCGCUGGCGGUGCGUUUAUAGUGAUUUUCAUUUUGAUGUGCGGGCUUUACGCCAAAGUGAGACGAUUGGCUUCGAACGGCUCCGUAGCCGACGUUUCGUUUUGUUGGGACAAGCCACGUUCGCAACGAUGUUGGCCGAAUAUCGGGAUAUGUCACGUAAGACGUCACAUCCUAAAGAACAAGUCUAAUCAACUAAACAAACAAUCGAGUAUGAUGGCCGACUUUUGUUACACGAAUCCCACGAUUGUGCCAGGAGAGCUGCUCUCUCGACGCGGUUUCUCGAUGUACAGUGGUUCCGAGGCUUUUAACGAAAAUUAUACGACAAAGAGCAAAGACCACUAUGGGACCUACCAAGAAGGAAGAUCAAAAUUUUGACCACGAAUCGCAACUUCCGAGAACCAUCAUUGCAAUUCAUGUAACAUCGACGAAAUAUUCAAUAAUGAAAACUAGGAGAUCGAUUAGUUUAGUUAAGCGAUUCAUUGUACUUUAAUCUGCAAUGUAUAAAACUUGCGCGAACUUUGUCUUCACUUGCCAUACAAUUUAUUAAAUGUAUAUAUACAUAGGUGUUUACAUAUAAUUUCAUUACCAUUUAUAUCAUAAUUCGUUCAAAUUCAGAACUCAUGAAUACAUAUCAAGGAAACCAUUUUGAUUAGUGUAAUAGAAGAGGUGUUUAAUAAAAUAUCAACGAAAAAUUACGCAAUAAUUAUGUGUAAUGUAUCCAACGAGUGAUAAUAUAUUACGGAAAAAUUGUUUCGAAAUAGUGCCGUUGGUUGUCCAUAGAUGUCACCAUAUACGUAUAUCGAUUAGUAUCGAAUAGUUGGUGUUUGAAAUAGAGAACAGGUAGUAAGAGUGAAAAUUUAGUAUGCAAAUCAUUCGCACAAUUUAGAAGACUAACAUGUGCAAUCAGUAAGAUAAAUAAACCAACCAAUCCUGACACAUUCUGCAGUGUUUUUAGUUAUUUAUUUUAGAUUUACCAUCGUGAUUGAAUCCCAAAGUUGUCUGCAUAGAAUACCAUCUGUUUUGUUUUGUAAGGUGCAUUGUUGAUAAUAAAUAUUUCUAUGUUACUUA